GACAGAGAGCGGGUCUCAGAGUCGGAGGGAGAAGGACGUCGCUGGAGUAAGAAGAGGAAAAAGGAGCUUCGUUUGGGGGGGAGAUGGGGGUCCUCCUCCGCUGGCCCCCCCUGAUCCUGGGGGCGGCCUCCCCCCUGUUGCUACUCCUGGACUGCGCAGGCUCCACUUCUCACUCCCUGCGCUACUUCUACACAGCCGUGUCUGAGCCUGGCCAGGGGCUGCCCCAGUUCAUUACUGUGGGGUACGUGGAUGACCAGCAAAUGGAUCAGUAUGAUAGUGACACCAAGGAGGCGCUGCCUCACGUCCCCUGGAUAAGGAAGGUGGAAAAGGAGGAUCCUCAGUACUGGAACAUGGAGACUCAGAAAUCUCACAGCAUUGAGCUGGCGUUCAGGGAGAGUCUUCAGACUCUGCAGAAUCGCUACAACCAGAGCGGAGGGAUCCACACCCUUCAGUACAUGUACGGCUGUGAGCUGAGGUCAGACGGGUGCAAAGGAGGGUAUAGGCAGUUUGGCUACAAUGGGAGAGACUUCAUCGCCUUCGACAAGGAGACCCUCACCUGGACGGCAGCCGAGAUGGAGGCCCAAGCGACCAAGAGGAAGUGGGAUUCUGACUUGGCCUGGAACCAGUACAGUAAGCACUACCUGGAGGAGGAAUGCAUUGAGUGGCUGCAGAGAUACCUGGACUACGGGAAGGAGACUCUGCUGAGGACAGAGGCUCCGGUGGUGAAGGUAACCAGGAAGGCAGACUAUGACGGCCUGGAGACCCUCGUUUGCCAAGUCCACGGCUUCUACCCCAAGGAGAUUGAGGCCAACUGGGUGAAGGACGGGGAGGUCUGGCAGGAGGGCACCCUCCAAGGAUUGGUCGCCCCCAACUCGGACGGGACCUACUAUCUCUUGCUCAGUGUCCAGAUCGACCCCGAGGAGAGGGAGCGCUUCUGGUGCCGCGUGGAGCAUGACAGCCUGGAGAAGCCUCUGGACGUGGCCUGGGAGAAGGAGCCUGUCAACCUGGGGCUCAUUCUGGGAGCCAUUUUGGGUGUCAUGGCUGCCAUCCUGCUGGUCUCUGGGAUCAUCAUCUUCAUCCGCAGGAAACAGAUUGAGAAAUUAGCCUACAAAGCAGCCUCAACAAGUGACCAGGGGUCCGACAGCUCCACCAGGGUUUCAUACCAGCCUGGUGUGUGAGAUGAGACCAGAAGGAGCCUGCCCAAGUUUGGCUGCGAAUUGCAGAGGCUCAGAGCUCCUGCUGUCCUUUAAUGCUGUUUCUGAUGUUCCUUAAUCCUGGCUCUCACCCAUUCAUUCUGACUCCAGGUGUAACUUGAAUUUGAGGGUAAUCAUGCUUUUCUGAUGGAUUAUGGCCAAUUUUGCUUUGCAGAAAUGUGCUUGUAUUAAUGAGAAAUCUUCCAGAUAUAUGCAACUAAAAGCUUUUAAAAUUAA